UAUUUUUACCACAAUAUGUACACCUCCCUAAUCCCCCCUCAAAAUUUAAGCAUUGAGCCAUCAAGGACUUCUCAAGAAAGUGAAAUUGAAAACAACACAGUGACAAACUUUUGCGUCCAAAACUCCCCGUUCGAGCCAAAUCCAGAUUUUUGUACACUAGAAGGUAUAAGUGUAACUGACCUUCCCCCAACACCUCCCGUCGAAAAUUUCGUAAAAGUUAAAGAGUAUUCCCCACCUCUCCAGUACCCACCACAUCUUCCCUCAAUUAACCCAAACACCGGACCGUAGACGGAUCCGAUUUUACCGUAGAAGAAAAUUCUGGUAAUACUUUAGAACCCCCACAACACCACACACCCCCUAAUUUCCCUUCUUUUCCCGAAAAAAUUAUUGCCAAUACUAAUGUGGACAACAGUGUCCUGGCUACUCAACACACUAUAGAAGCCCAAAACCACCCAACUUUAUUCCGGGGCGGAGGGCGCUCCGAGCGAUAUUUAGAACUACCCCCUCAUAAUAAAAAAUUCAAAAUUUUGUUAAAAGCUAACAGGCCAAAUCAUCCACAAUCAACCGCCACCAACAUGGAAUGCGACCCGACUCCAACAAUUGGAAUUGCCACCACUGAAUCCUCAGCACCACCAUCAACAGAAACUACUUCAACUCGCCCACAUGUUCAACCUCCUUCACUGGCUUCCUUCAAACUCCCUUCACUGGCCUCCUUCAAACUCCCUUCACUGGCUUACUUCA